AUGGCUACCUAUUUUGCCACUCUGUAUAAAAAGGAUCUGAGUUUCAACACUCUCAAGACAAAACUUGUCCGCCAAAAGUCCAUUAGGCAGAAGGAAAGCCAGUACAUUCAGUUCAAUAAGGGUAGGCAGUUUGGACUGAUUGAUGUGAAUACCCAGCCAUCAAGGGACUGGGAACUUUUUUACUGGAGGAAACAGAUGGAAUACCUUCCCCAAAGAACAAGACGGAACAGAGAACAUCCCAGAGUGUCAGCCUGCACUGGAGUCGCUGGGAAAAGAGAUGGAAAGUGUGGUGGGUGCCAUUUCCUGUGGAACCGAGACCUCUCUGCAGCAUGUCAUCCUGUAACUGAAACGCCAGAGCCAGCAGGGGAGCUGCAACACGAUGUGCCCUAUUUCAGAAACAUCCUUCAAUCUGGGACAGAGAGGCUGACAUCUCAUUGUCUGGAAUGGGGCGGAACAGCUGAAAUGGACAUACCAGAGGAUGCAAGAGACCUUGUCCGCACCACCAUUGGGCAAACACUGCUGUUGUCAGAGAGAUUCAUAAAGUUUGCAGGGCUAGUAGAUAACUGCGAGUUCAGACAUGGUGAAAAGGAGAUAACGUGUGCAGAUAUGGAUGGAUUCUGGGACAUGGUGAACUUCCAAGUAGAAGAUGUGAAUAAAAAAUUUGAGAACUUAAGGAAGCUUCAGGAGAAUGGAUGGCAAAUGGCACGUGAUGUCCAGGCCAAGAGACCUGCCAAGAAGAAGGUAUCCUCUCAAAGGGCAACCAAAGCAAAGGAUGGCUCUGCUGAAAGGACUGCUGCCCAAAAACACCUUACAGCUAUCAAAAUGCUCAUGAAGAACCAGAUGAAGCAGGAGGAGAUGGCAACGGAGGCUGCAGGCCCAGCAAUGCUGCAGCAGGUGGAGAAAGUGACAUUUCAUGGCGGGUUCUUCCAAGUCAAAUCUCCUAUCAAAACCUUUGCAGGCUGGACUCCUAAAUCUACUGGCAGAACUCCCUGA